ACCAACACCACCGGAAACUGAGACCCCAGCCGACGGGGACCCAUGUCAAGCCCAUCCCAUCGAUUGCUCCUCUUCCCCUACUCGUCCUCCUAAAACACGUUCCUUCGUUCAGACCGCAGUUCACCAUCUUCUCGCUUUCCCUCCCCCUGGCUCCCUGUCUCGACUCUUAGCCUCUUCCGUGUCCCGCCCACCAUCAUCCCUGACCAAAACUCUCUUCUCCUCUGCCUGCAUGACCACUACUGACCACUGACCAGAUGGCCAGCUCCACACCUUUGUUCACGCCAGUGUGCCCUGGCAAUCAGCAAUCAGCUCUCUGCCCGACCUUGCUCACACCUCCAAGCCUAUCCUGUUCAGCGUUAAAGGGCAGAAAACACGUCCCCCCACCCCGUCCAAAGUCUGCAGCCCGCACAGCAGCGCCCAUCGCGACCAUACCCAUCACAUCCUAGCACCUCCUGACUCCGCUGUCCGUUUUCGACCAGCUCUCUUCUUUUUAGGCGACGAAGGCGACAGGCCCGUCCAGCCAGCCGGCCGCCAGCUGCCCGCUAAGAACGCCAUGUGCUCCCGACCAAAAGGAUCGCGACCUCGAGUACUCUUCAAUCUUUGAAAUCGUCCCCGAACUGCCCUCAUAGCCUGAUUUCAAAAUCCUUCUCUCAUCCUCUCCUCGUCUGCGUGUGAAAACACCCGACCUCCACGCCCGCCCGUCACCGUUACUUCGUUCCAGCUCUGAGGUAUUGACUGAGGUCACACUAUCCUCCUACCACAUCCCCUCGCACGACCCAGGAGGAGCACUGUCACUAUCGGUCUUGGUUGACUCCGUGCAGAUCUUUUCCCUCGAUUAUCUGAAGAAGGCCCAUUGACCAUAAAAAGCCCCCCCCGACCACUGAGAAAGCCGCGCAAGUCAGCCGCGUUCCCAGUCCAAGAAACUGAUCUUCACCCGCGAGUACUCCACCACCCUCCAACACUUUCUACCAAGUUGCCAGUCUGCACCGCGUAUAGGCGCUGUUGAAAUAGAUCACAUAAACCUGGGGCUUUUCUCGAGAACAUCAAGUUGAACCAAGAUAUAAGUUCAAUCCGAACCGUCGCGAUAAUCGAUGCCACACCCAUUUUGACUCACUCCUUCACACAACGACACUCGGUCAAGAACAGCCGCCUCCUUUUCUGCCCUUUGUCGCCAACAUCGCCGGGAACAAGACGGGAACGAGAAUCAUCGAUUUCUCGCUAGAUCAACCUCUUUCGGCGUGUUGAUUCUCAUAUCUCUUUCUCAGAAGCAGCGGAUCCCGCAUUGAAUCCCUCCCCCAUCAGUCACUCUGGCGUCUGUCGCAAUUCCCCUUCCAAUGGGGACAACCCUCGAUGGCCUCACCACACCUUCUAGCCUGAGCCAGCGCAGGCAAGCCGCCUUUAGCCUCGAGCUCCCACCUCCGACCACUCUCCAGUUUAACCCAGUGGUAUCGAGUCAGAAAUUCCCUCCUCUCUCAGGCAUCAAUACCUCUCACGCCGUGCCCCCGAUCAACGUGGGACAGCUUCUGACGCCUCCGUCCAAUUCGGCCUCAGAUAGUAGCGCUGCCUCAUCCGCCAUUCCCACGGGAACGACUCCAAAUAGCGCAGCAGGUCCAGUACUGCCCUAUACGCCCACGCUAUUCGGAACAGGGAAUACGCCGACAGGGUAUCACACGGGCUUCACACCUCCCUCCUGGCAGAACUCAUCUCUUGUUUCCGGCCGAUCUGUUUUUUCGCCAAUGCCAGGAGCCUCCUUGAGGAACAGCACCAACUCACCCACAGCUGGGGAGGCUUCCGCAUUGCCACCUCCGCCCUAUGACCUCCAUUCGGUGCAGCCGUACGGCGCCUCUCUGCAGCUCUCUUCUCCUACAAGUGUUUCCCACGCUACGGCACAGCAGAGCAUCAUAUCACCAUUGCCAAACGGUGUGAGGCCACCCAGCCAGCAAUCCCCUGUCACACCGGGAGAUGGAGUCAGUAGAGCUGCAUCAAAUCCAGCCCUGUAUGCAACCAUGACAACGACGGCUCAGCCUCAUCCUGGGUAUCAUUAUGCAUCUGCAACUCCGGUAUCACAAAGCUCUCAUCCUCAUUCCCUUUCUGCCCCCCGAGUCUCGCCGCCGCUCCAUCAAGGACCUCAACCUCAGGCUCCCUUCAUGCGCCCUCCCCCGCCUUCGUAUUCGUUGCCUGCCAUGCCUGGCCCGAUCAUGUCCAACGUCCACAGCCCCGGCGCACAAAUGGCCAUGGUAGGCAAUAUGCAGACCAAUAUGCUGCCCAUGGCCUUCAAUAGCGGCUAUGCCGCAAAUCCUCAAACCAUGUAUGGCCAGCAACGUAGCAAUACGCCUCAGCAACAACCAAUCCACGAUCGGCCUUUCAAGUGCGAUCAAUGUCCGCAAAGUUUCAACCGCAACCAUGAUUUGAAGAGACAUAAGCGGAUCCACCUUGCUGUCAAGCCUUUUCCUUGCAGUCACUGCGACAAGAGCUUCUCUCGCAAGGACGCGCUCAAACGACAUAUCCUUGUCAAAGGCUGCGGUACUGGCAAGCCACCCGAUGCUAUGGCCAGAGAGGACGGUGUUAAGUCCGAGUCUGGUAGUGAUGGCAUCAACGAAAGCCCAGCAGCUGCUCCCGCAGCUUAAUCAGGCGUCACCCCUCGCUUCACUGAUUGCAUAUUAUCACUUUCAUUGAGCGACUGUACAAUAUUUGAUCUUGGGAGGCCCUAGUCUAGUGGAUUUUCUUUUCAUUCAAUGUUUUUGGGUUAUGACUUGAUGGAUGGCAGAACGCCAGCGACAGGCGGAAUGAGACGGAUGGAUUUUGAUGGAAUUCUAUUGCUAGGAAUGGGCAUUUCUGAUAUACCAUUUUGUUCAUUAUACCCAGCGGAAUGGCAUGACAGGACAGGGCUAUACUGGUGACUUUUUCUGGCAGGGCGUGUGGUUGUGAGCAUGACAGACUCAGGUCGGGCAUCAGCGGACACUCCAAAAUUUCUGACAGAAUCAAUACAGCUUUAAUGAAUAUAUUUUGGUGGUGGUUCGAGA